AACUGGGCCAUCCUUUUCUCGCAUCCACAUGACUUCUCACCAGUAUACUCAACGGAGCUCGUCAGACUUAUCCAGCUAGCACCUCAGUUCCAAAAGCGACACGUCAAGUUGCUUGGGCUCAGCUGCGAUUCGAUGGAGGCUCACCGCGAGACGGCCAACGACAUGAUCGCGUACUGCAAAAGCCAUGGUGGUGGAGGUGAUAAGUGUUGCGGCUCAGGUAACAUGAAGCGAAUAUCAUCUUAUCCGAACGGGAAAAUGGAAGGCACUCAGCUUUCGGAGGGGCAGACGGGAUACACAGCUGGAGGGUCAUUUCAGAUUGUUGCAUGAGC